GUUUUCUCAGCCCUACCGUCAGCCUUACCGGCAAUACACAGCAUACAAAAUGGAUCCAGAUCUUCAGUGCAGCACAUGUCAAGCGUUAUAGGAGGCGCUCUAGGCUACAGAUACUCGAAGAAUAUUACGAUGUACGUUUGAAAGGUGCUCUUUCCUUCCUCUGGCUCACACUGCACCUACCACACACAUGGAGACGAAAGCACACGCACCCCAAGUGCCCUUGGACACUCAUGAGUUCCCUUGCCCAUCAAUCCGUCACCCAGUCUGGAAACCUCGGGGUGAAUGAGUGACAUGUCUGAGGAUGGCCUUUCAGCGCUCUGGACACUGUAGCCUUUCACCAUGCACCCACCGUUCUGAGCCCUGAUUGUUGUGAAUAACUGCUAAAUGGUGCCUUUCUCACCAGUGAUCACACAAACGACUGCAAUUCGACAUUCCAGAGUGAUACAAUAUGGGCGCUGAGACCAGGGCCAUGAAGCGGAAGUGCUCGCUGGAUGAUCCUUCCGCUGUGGCCUCCCGAAAGAAAGCGCCAACGGCAGUUACAACGAAUGCAGUGAAGCCAAAGGCAGCAACGCUGAAGCCAACAACAAGGAAAACAUCACCAACAUGUCCACUGAUACAGACACUCCGCCAGUACGGCCUCCUGGAGUCCAUCAUCUCUUGCCUGUUCCCAAGCGAUCUGCUCGCCCUCGCACUAUCGUGCAAGACUACGUACAACGCAAUAUUUCCUCAUCCUGGAAGCUUCGACAACUUGCUCAGCAGAAUGCCUUGCUGCGGCAACGGCAUCGCGGUCCGGCAACGUAUGCACCAUAAAUCGACCUUCUUCUACGCUUACCAAUGUACCGAAUUUGCGCAAUGUCGCACCGCUUCUGGCCGCCAAAACAUCGAAUCACACCCCUGCAUCAGCUGCAGAGUUACCACUUGCGACGAAUGUCGCAUCCAUUGCGUCUACCAAUCUAUCUACGAGACGCCUACCAACCCUGAAGACCUUCCUAACUUCUCUGGCUUUGUGUUGUUGGACCCGUUCGAAGUCGCCAUCCUCAGUCCGCACCACCUCCCUUCCAAAUUGCUUCUCAGUGAAGCUGCUCACCUGCCUCCGUGGCGAGAUAGAGCAACAAAUGCCGCAGCAGGGCCAUACCACGACCAAGGUUUCCUCGACAUGCCUCUAGAGUUCGAUCAGCCUGGCACACCAGAGAAGAUCAGCGAUGUACUCGAUGUGGAUCUUGGGCUCAACUCGCUGACAAAAUGGUCCGGGAACUCGCAAUUUGGUUUCCCGUCACCAGUUCUCCGCUCACUGUGCGCUUUAGCCGAGAAGCGAAAACUAUCUCUAUGCGAGUACUGCUUCGCAGAGGCGCUGAAAGGCUACACAGCUCUUAGCCCCAAAUUACCAAAACUGUCUUGGCUCAGCCACCAGGUCGACCCCCAUGGCAAAGUCUUGAAUGAUUGUCACUGCUCGCUACGCAGCCGUGUCUUGGACCGAUGGCAGUGCGUGAACUGCUAUGAAAGCGAAGAGUCGACCAUUGAAGGUAUCCACAGUAUAGCGUCGAGGCCAGAUUCAUGGCAGUGUCGAUGUGGUCUGAAUGUGAAAAGGACGGUGUGUAUGUGGUGCUGGGGUGAGAUUGUCGAGGGAAGGGACGAGCAUGAGCGAGUAUACCCAAGAGAAUACGCACGUAUCAGGGCAGAACGUGGGGACUCAUCUGAAGAGGAGUAGGCGCUGAAGCGGAACGGCCAGACUCCCAAUAGUGAGGAGCAUCAAGUAUGCUACCAGGGCAGAGGAGAGGGUGUACGUAGGCGGCAAUACCCCGGUCGGUGCUCUGUACAACGUGAGUGUAAGACUCAGCUCAUUGCUAUGUAAACAUCACAUGUAUUAGUCCUAGUGACAACGUCUUGAGCGGCUUCCGAUUCGGAUUUAUUACAGUUCCUCAGCUGUGAACCAUGUGGCUAUAUCCUGAUCCCAUCGAGCGGAUACCGACUGGUCGCAGCGAGGAGCAAGGCUUACGCGUCCGAAACACGACCCUGGAGGAAAGCGGCGUACUCAAAUGCGCUGGUACUUUGACAGCAGCUCUCCAGUGCACCACCUACAUAUCCUGGUUUCUGUCUUCG